AUGAAGAACCCAGGAAAAACCCAGAAACCUAUGGCCAUGGAAGAAGGCGAAUGUGAAAUUCAAGCGGCUUUCACUCUGCUUCGUAUGAGGGAAACGCCAAUAGACGCUGAUACUGCAGAAAAAUUGCGCAUUCAGAGGAGAAAAAUCGAAAAAGAAAGAAGAGCCCGCUGUUUGAUUAGGGAAAGAGGUGUUGUUUCUGAUCAUCUCUUCAAGAAGAAGAACAACUUCGAUGGUGGGUUACUUGGAAGGCAAGAAAAAGACAAUGUCGGAUUUCUUGGCCGGCAAGAAAUAGGGGUCCUCCCAAUUCCCGGGAAUGACAAUCACCGGAUGAACUACAACGGCGGCGGUGUUUCUGUUCAAUUGCCAAGGUACCCACGAACUCAGACCGUGGCCCAACGGAUCGGAGCUUUUUGCAGCGAGCCAUUCGAAAAGGUCUUGACGGUUAGUGAUCUCAAACCCCAUCUUCACAAACUGGCGUUAACCAGAGAGAAAGUGCACGAAAAGCUGUUGCCAAUGUUGGAGACCGGAGAUGGAAAUGUUGUGGAAGGGAUAGAGGUUGUUACUUACGAUUGGUUGGGUAAUGAGUUUCCGAUGAAAUUCAAGGCUUGGAAUGGAAAAAAAAUCUAUGUCUUGACGGCUGGGUGGAAUAAAUUGCUAGUGAAACAUCGGAACACGAUGACUGUCCAAGAUAGAGUCGUCAUUUGGAUGUUCAGAGAGAAAUCAUCAAAGGGGAAAAUUUGCUUUGCUCUGGAUCUUCUCAAGAAGAACAGAGCAGGAGAUUACCAAUGGUUAAAUCAGAAUGUUGUUCACAAGCCUCCCAAAAUCAGGAUCAAGAAAAGCUGA